AUGGAGCAACAAUCAGCAGCAGAAAAUAUGUUUGAAAGGAAAUGUAAAUCAAACAUCACCACCUUUUUCCUGACGCUGCAAGGCCUAGCAGCGUCGGUGUACUAUUCUGCCGAGGAGAUUGAGGUCCUGGAAGAUAUGUCGCGGCCAGGUCGCCCGAGGAAAGGCGUGGUUAAGGACGGCGUCUUGAAGAAAGAAAGAUUGAGGCAGCUGAAAGGGCUGAAAGAAGAAUUAAGGGAGAACGCAGGAACUAUGACGUCGAUGUUCAAUUCUCUCUUUCGUUCUGGUCGCCCUAUCGGCUGUUUCUGUGGUGAAUGCCUAAUUCCUUUGCCUUCUUCAAGGGAAGCUCAGGCAAUUCUGGAAGCCAAUCGUGAAGCGAGGCCUAAAAUUAGGCCACGAACCAUGGUUUGGCUUACGGAAGGAGCCGAAAAUGCCUUAUCCUCGCGGCCUGGUCCUUCCUGGGAACCGCAACCUGGCCCAUCUUGGGAAGAACAACCUGGUCCAUCUUGGGAAGAACAACCUAUUAUGGUUGUUGAGGAGCAACCUGUUCCCAACGUUGCUGAGCCACAGGUGCCAGGUUGCGACCCUUCAACUGGGCCCUUCUGGAGGCCCUUUGAAGAUGCUCCCGGGACCAUCCAGUCCACUUCGUCCUCGGACUUACAUUCAGGGUCUUCCUGGUUCCUAAGGCCAGAAACAGAGGAAGACCCUCUGAAAAUUCCAUUGUGCGUAUGUGAAAUAGAAGCUGGAGGUAUUGGCAGUGUUGUUAAAGGUUUGCAUGCAUCCAGCAGGCGGCCAUCGCUGUGCAACAUGCGCACUUGGAGAAUAGCUUCACUCUCCGGUCGAUGUAUGUGA